UGGAGGUACAGUGAAGAAAUGAGAUCCAUGGACCCUGGUUAUCCCAAACCAAUCACAAUAUGGAAAGGUAUCCCAGAAUCUCCUCAGGGAGCCUUUGUCCACAAAGAAAAUGGCUUCACAUAUUUCUACAAAGGAAAAGAGUACUGGAAAUUCAAUAACCAGAUGCUCAGGGUGGAACCUGGCUAUCCCAGAUCCAUCCUCAAGGAUUUUAUGGGUUGUGAUGGACCAGCAGAUCGAGAUAAAGACCGACACAGCCCUCAAGAUGACGUUGACAUUGUCAUCAAACUGGACAACACAGCCAGCACUGUGAAAGCCAUAGCCAUCGUCAUUCCCUGCAUCCUGGCCUUGUGCCUCCUUGUCUUGGUUUACACUGUGUUCCAGUUCAAAAGGAAAGGAACACCCCGCCACAUACUGUACUGCAAACGCUCUAUGCAAGAGUGGGUGUGAUGCAGGGUUUUGGUUUUUUUCUUUCCCUCCCAGGAGUUUGUGGUGACUUGAGAUUCAACACAAGAGCUGUUAUGCAGUUUCCUAGCUAGGAGCGGGCAUCUGUCAGUCUGAAACAAAGCUGAUCUUUAAAACCCGUGGGGUUGCCUGUCCUGUGCAUGAGUGGUGAUUCACUCAGCUGGGAAGCUUCCAUGAUACACAGUAUCUGCUGUUUCUUCAGUCCUUUGUCUUUCUUUGUCAUUUGAUUCUAGGCCUUUCCUCUGCACGCUCAAUGCCCUAUAAACUAUCAGGAUUAACUAAUGAAGAGGAAAAACAGAACAAAGAAAUCUCCAAUGUUUCUACAUUUGUCCCUUAAGGCCUGUUCCCCUUUGAAAAAUUUUUUGCUGAAAGUGAAUUUUUUUAGAAAAACACGACAACCCACAAUGGAACUUUCAGGAAAGUGAGAAGACCCAAAACAGCUUUGUCUCCAAAGAGGAUUGCUUUCUGUCUGCUACGGAUAAAGUCCUAUACUCCUGCUUCCAGUUUUGUUGUCAGGUGGGAGACUCGGAUGACACACAGGACUUCAGACUGUUCGGACAGCCAUUUUCCAACAAACAAGGGGCCAAAAUAUCUGCAAUAUAGUAACAGCCUUAAUAAUACAUUCAUUUUGUGUUUUAUACAGCUGCUCUGGGCUACAUCCUCAAUGUUUUAAACUCAUUUAUAUUCAUUACUAUAUUCAAGCAGAACCUUUUUAUUGGUUUGUUGAUUUUUGGUUGGUUUUCCUGCAUAGUCUUUCCCAAGCUGUACCAAGCCAACUGCCCCAGGCCUUUCAUAGGUCUGUCAAGAGCACUCAUUCCAAAGCACGGUAAAAAGCAGUGUGUCUCGGAAGUGGAUUUCAAUGAACAAAAGCAACAGUCAUGCUAUCGAGAAACUUAACGCUGGUAUUACGUUGGUGGUGUAACCCUUUGAGAACUAUUGCAUACGUUUUCAGAGUCCGAUGGAUGUUAAUCUUGGUUGUCAUUAAAUUAUAGGACUGUGUUUGGGUAAUACAGGUUUUUGAAGAAAAUUAGUUUUCAAAACAGAUUUCCUUUGAGUGCAAGUGAGUGCUUUUAAUUAUUUGCAUUAUUGAUAGAAAAAGCAUUUGUAACAUAAAUAGAAAACAAAAUAUAUUUACGAGCUACUUUCUGGUUAAAGGAACCAAGCCUAUUUUAAUAACUUCUACCACUUACCAAGAUUUUUUCUGAACUGGCAACAGUUUUAUAGCUUCGCCUCUUAUCCUAAGCAUCUUGAAUUUCUCUUUUAAACUGUGUUGCAUGAUAAUUCAGUUUGCCUCCACAAAGGUAAUGUUGCCUUUCAAAGGAAAGCUAAAACGAUGACUCUGAUAUUGCAUGAGUAUCCUCUGGUGUGUUAGCCCUUUGCAUGUUCAUCAUAGUUCUCAAAGGGUUAGUCAAAUUUCUGGCCUUCAGCCAAACAUGAUAUCACUGACAGAGCCAAGGGACCACCAAAGCAUUUUGUCAUUCUGUGUAAUUUGUGCUAACAGCAGUAUUGUCAUUUUCAUGUGACCUGCAGAGCAGGUUUGUAUUAAUAUUUUUUUCCUAGAGAAAAGUCAGCAACUGACAGACCUCUUUAUUGAUUUUAGGAGCUGCUUCUUGCAGUGAUAGGCUUUACAGUCACUGGGCUGUGAACUUAUUAAAGGUGGUCAGAAUGAUGCACCCCAAAAGUCAGACACCUGGUUUUUUAUGAAAGCCAGGAUUUGAGGGGAGUAGCUUUUGCAACAAUGAACAGCUUGCCUUGAACUUGAUUAUUGACCUGUUGACUGUCAUUACCAAGUUAAACAUUGUCUUCUGUGAACAGCUUCACUGUCUGAAUUUCCUUAAAGUGUACUGUCCUAUGUCUUUGAUCUUUGACCUUUAACUUGCAAACUGGCACAAACUGAAGGGAAUCUGGUAUUGCAAAUGGACUAAGACAAGUUUUAUUUCUUAAAAGGCCUGAUAUACAUAAUCCGAAAGUCAAGAAAAAAGAAAUGUUUUCAUAGAAAAGAAUGGACAUAAACCUAAGUAUUUAUGAUAGAUCUGUAGAAGGGUAUUUUGCUAUGUAUACAUGCACACUCUAAAAAUGAACUACAGUAGAAGUUAAUUUUUAUUUAACUUGAAUACAAUUUUCAGUAUAAAAUUAUCAUUUCUACAAAUAGCUAAUUAUUAAUGAAAAGGUUAUAGGAAAAUAUUAAAAUACUUGAAAUGGCCAGUAUGGGCUUUUACAUAAAAUGAAACUUUUGUACUACAUUCAACCAAUUUCUUACUGGUUUCUUAAUCCACAUAACUGGAUCACUUUUUAGAGAGUGUAGGUAUAUAUAGAUAUAUAUUAUUGUUAUUAUUAUUUUGGUAAUGGAUAGCUUGACUGCCUUGAAUUUAUAUUUAUAUUGAGCAUAGCAUGAAAAAUAGUAUGCCUUUUUGUUCAAUUACAUGUUUUUAUAUUGAUUUGAGGACUUAUUUUAUGAACAUAUGUGGCAUGCUAUAAAGCAUUGCAAACGUAUUUCUUAGAGCAUAAACAGAUAUACAUAUGUACGGCUAACAAAAAUGAAGAUUAGAAAAAGAUAUAGUUUCACAACAAAUAUGCAAUGCAGAUGGCAUUUUGGAGAUGUUUUGUAGACGUACUUCAUACUGUAGGUUAGAAGUGCACCAGUAUCAGCCCAUAGCAUUAUUUAGUAAAUCCAACCCAGUUGUUGCUGAAAAUAUACAUUAAUUGACAGUUUAAGUAAUGUAGCAUAUUUACUACACAUCAGCUCAUUUGGUGAAUUUGAAAUUCUAUGCCUGUUUGUCAUAUAUAUUAAAAUGUGUGUGUGUGUUUGCAUAAACACACAAACACACACAUACACAUACGUACAUAUUUUAAUCCUCGGAGAAGUUUUUAUUGUCAACAAACUACUCUAACUUAUGUUAUGCUACAAACAGAACAAAAUGAUUCAUGUUGCUGUACCAAUUUUGUCCCUUGCAUAGUUGGUGGAAAAUACUAGCAGCACUACUUAUUCUGUAUUUCAUUUUCCUCUACAAUGGGAGAACUUAUGUUACAUUAUCUUUAAGUCAAAACAGCAUCUCAUCUGCUUUUUUAUUGACUUGAAAAUUUCACUUCAAUUUUGAAAUAACUUUCAUGGCAGCUUUAACUUUUUGUGCAACUGUUUCCCUGACAGUAAUGAAGUGCUGAGCAUGUAAACUGUUGUUCUUUGAUAAGGUAACAAAAAUGUUUGUAUUUGGAGAAUUUAACUUUAAUUAUGCAGGAAGGUAAGUGUAAUAAGUCUAGUGCUUGGUAUAUGGUACAUCAUAGAUACAUGAAUACAUGAUAAGUUGAUUGUUUGAUCUAUUUUCUUUUACUUAAAAGUGGAUAUGUUACAUACAGGGAAAGGGAGAAAAAAAUAAUACUAUAUUGACAUGUUUAUGUCAUGCAAAGAAAGAUUGUGUCAACAUUUCUAUUACAUACUCUUUAUUUUCAGUAGGCUAUAGCACCGUCAUAAAGGUUUGCUUUAAGUAAAAGAUGUAGGAGCAAUUGUUUUCACUGUAAUUCCCAAAUACAUUCUGGCUAGUUUCAAAUAACUUCAGAGUAAAUUAGUGAUGUUAUCUGAUCUAGUUUUGAACUCAAAUGAGUAAAAGUUCUAAGACAAUGUUAUUUUUUGAACAGUUGUUUUUCUAUCAGGGCCUAUAAUUAUGAGAGUUAAGAAAAAACAAAUUGAAAUUAUUUUCAGUUCUGCAACCUGGGUUCCUGCUCAUGUGCCGUAAUCUUUUUCGUAAAGUUUUUAAUAAACAUUUCCAUAUUGCUA